UAAUGGAUUGAUUGAUACAUAUGAUGUGCAAAGAUUGAUGCAUGCCACUGUCAACAAUUCUUUACGUCAGUAUCCCGUUUUAAAUACCAAGCCAUAUAUUGACCAUUUAUCCGACUUAAUCACUACCGUGCAAAGAAAAACUAUUUAUUAGCAGAAGAAGAGACUUCUAAAUACAUAUAUACAAAUCUAGAGAACAUUAAACAUUUCUUCUUUCUAAGGUUAAGGCAGAUGUGCGUGUAUCUGUCGACUUUGAAGAGAGUAGAUGGAAUUUGGUUUUCGACUUUUGUUAUACCCGAACCACAAAUGUUAACAAGAAUAUAGACAACAGGCAAAUUCAUCAGUUAUAGUUAAAACAAUACACGUUUUAGGCUUAUGUAGGUCAUACUGUAUUUACUUUUUGGGGGAAGUAAAAAGGGAAUUAUAUUUUUUACUGUUACAUAAUCUUGAUUAAGCGAAUCCUUAGUUCUUUUAUAAAUGGCAAUUAUCACGUUUGCUAUCUAUGAAAUCUGGUGUAAAUUAUUAUGAUGUUGAUAUAUUAUAAUCAUUAUCAAUGAACCAUCUAUUUAACUGAACUCUCAUUUCCUUAUUUUAAUAACACCAAAGUCAAUUUUAUUUUAAAAUUGUAUUAUACAAGGAAACGGACACAUUAAGUCAAAUGAUUAACACAAUGCCUCAAGGAACUCAAUCUUAUUGAAACCACAAGAAAAAGUUAAAAUGGAAACUUUAUUGACGUUGUGCAUUGCAACAGUGACAGUUCUGGGACGUUUUGGAACGAACUCGACAAACAACUGUGAUAGCCUAAAUGGAACCAGAUGUUGCUCUGGGUACAUAUGGGAUUCCUUGAAAGAACAGUGCAUAAAUUGUAAAGAAGGAUAUACAGGAAUGCACUGUACAAUUGCAUGUCCUUUCCCUUCAUAUGGACUAAACUGUCAGUCGACAUGUAGUUGUACUGAUGAAGACUGUAAUUAUGUCACUGGAUGUAAACAUCUUGCUGGAGAUGUGUUAAAUCAUACAACAGACAAAUCAUCAAGAUUCAACAAAUCAGUCUCCAAUAUUCCAAACAUUACUCCAAAACGUGAACCAUCUGCCAACAAUCGUUCCUUUUUAUUUUCAAUGAUUGUAGUUAUUGCAGUGCUAAUCAUCAUAUUUGUUAUUUUCCUUUACACUCAGCUUUUUGAAAGCGACGAGUUGUCGUUAAUUUGUGACCAACUAUAA